GGUGGAAGGGACCCUGGAGGGCGUUGCCAUGGCGACGGUGGGAGCCAUGGUAACGGAGUUUGGUUGCCGGGCGAGGGACAUCGUGGUUGCCGUGGGGCCGUCAGUGGGGGGGGUGCUGCUUUCACGCUGGACAGGAAGCAGGCGCUCCACUUCCUGUUUGCUCCAUCCAGACUGCGUGAAAGACCCCGAGGCCGAGAGGCCGCACGUCAACAUACGCCUCGCCAACAGAAUCCUCCUGGAGCGCGGCGGCGUGCUGCCCGGGAACAUCGACGACAGCUCGGUGUCAGAGUGUACCUCCUGCCACACCGAGCUCUUCUUCUCUCACGUCAGAGACGGACUGAACUUCGGCACCCAGCUGGGCUUCCUGUGGAUCAGAGAGGAAGAGGAGGGAGAGGAGGGGGAGAGAGAGAGAGACUGACAGGUAGACAAUAGUAGGAAAUACACAGAGUACACAUGAGAUGUACUUUAUACUACUCCACUACAUGUGUUUUAAUGUUUAUUACAAGUUGUUGUAUUUAAAUAAAAAAAUGUAUAUCUGAGAAAAUA